UGAAAACAUCUAAAACAAACAUUAUUUUCAAAGUGUACGAGUAGAGUUUUGGUAUUUACAAAGUUGUAUAAUGUGCUCAUAAAGUAUCAUGUGACUCUUCAAACUUUAUUAAUUCUUUGGCACCAAUAAAUUAUUACAGAUUGACACCUGCCAAGGUCUCGAAGUGGGUGUGGCUUAUUUUACGACGCUGUUCUACCAGUCCUGUUUAAAAUAAUCAAUAUUUGAACACUGUGCUGUCAAAGUGUUAAAUUACUACUCUGUUAUUAUAUAUCUGUGUCAAUUGAGAACGAAAACUGAUAUUUUAGCUGUAUCAUUUCGGGGCGACUUCAUAGAGCAUAUCCUUGGCGGAUGUGAUUAGCUGACAUUCACGUGACGUAGAUGCAGAUCACCCGUGUCAGGUCACCGCAAGAGAACCUGUUCGUUGAUAGACAGCUGAGUCCAUCUAAGAAGGUGCUCUUAGUCUGAUUGGACGUGGGAUACUCUAGACUCUUAAGCUUUGACAGAGGAAUCUGAUUUCUAUUACAUUUGCUCUUCUCAAGUUGAAAUCCACGACCCUCAACAGUAAACAUGAGUCACGACCACCACAACCACAACCAUAUGACCACCAUGAAACCAGGCAUGAUGGGCGACAUGAUGGGCGACAUGAUGAACAUGAACGACACCGACUGCUCCAUGCCAGGCAUGAUGAUGUAUUUCCACACAGGAACAUGUGAAUAUGUGUUGUUUGAGAAGAUUAUUAUAAGCAAUGCUGGACAGAUGGGCGGAGCUUGUGUUGUGAUAUUUUUCCUGGCCAUGCUGUACGAGGGGCUGAAGUGUCUCCGAGAGUACCUCAUCCAGAAAAACCAUGUCGGGACCAAGUACUACAACACAACUCUCCCAGCUGGAUCAUCGAAAGAAAACAUGGUCAUGGAAUCGAAGGAAACGGUCCAUGGGAAGAUGCUGAGUGGCAGCCACUUCCUCCAGACGAUCCUCCACAUGGUGCAAGUGUUUGUAAGCUACUGUCUCAUGCUUGUCUUCAUGACGUACAACGUUUGGCUGGGGCUUGCCGUCAUUCUUGGAGCGGGGGCUGGAUAUUUCUUCUUCGGCUGGAAAAGAGCAGUUGUUGUGGACAUUAAUGAACAUUGUCAUUAAAACUUAAACACCAAGUAGAGUAUUCCAGAACUUAAUUUUGUAUAUUUUGUCAAAAAACCCAAACUUAUACAUCUUUGUGAUAAAAUCGAAAGCUUGUAUCAAAACUGAAUACAAGAGAGUUGCAAGAGUUGUACACGUUGUACUAAUGUGAUUAGGUAUUUUAAGUGUGUAUCUUCCAAGGAACUGUCUAUUUGGGCAACAUUAUAUUGUAAUGAUGUUCAGAUGUUUUUGGAAGGGUUUGCCUGGUUGGUUUGUAGUCAGAUUCAGUUUCAUAUAUUUUGUAAGUUUAUAGAGAUUUAAUUUUGAUAAUUGUCUCACAUAAUGCUGUUAAAUUCUGAACAAGAACACUACAUUUUCUUAAAUGGUACUUUAGUAGUAACAAGUGGGAUAAAGGCAUGAAACAAUACUCCCGCAAUGUUUGAAUUGGAACAGUUGCAAAAAAUGUAUGUAGAAAAUCAAAUUUUGAUAUUAAAACAUCAGGGUUUUGUCUUUUUUCAUAAAAAACAGCAGAACGACUCUAAAUAUUAAAACUUUAAGACCACACACACACACACAUACACGCAAUACAAUCUAUUUUUUGGACAUUACACAUUCAGUUGUUCUUUUAACAUGAAGGUCCUUGACGAAAGUCUUCGAAGCAAUGAUGUCAUUUAUUGUAUUGUAUGUAAUAUAUGUGAAUGAACUAAUGAUCUGUCAACUCAAAUGUGGCGUUUUAUAACAAACAAGCAAACGUGUGACUUGUGUCUUUCAGGGGUUUCUACCAAACAGAACAGGAUAUGACAUAACCCAUAGAUUAAUGACACAAUUGACCCAGUUGUCAAAAUUACAUCCCUUGAAAUUACCUAAAUUUCAUCUGUAUGUGCAUACACAAUGCCAUGUAGAAAGUGGUCAAAUGUAACACAUUAUAUUUGGGAUUACACUUAAAGAAACUUACGGGCGACGUUGGCCAAGUGCUUAAAGCGUUCGCUCGUAACACCGAAGACCCGGGUUUGAUUCCCCACAUGGGUACGAAGCCCAUUUAUGGUGUCCCCCGCCAUGAUAUUGCUGGAAUAUUGCUUAAAGCGGCUUAAAACAAUACUCACUCACGACAGAAGGUUACAUCUGUGUGACUGUGGGU